CUUUGUUCUAUAAUUGUGGUUUUAUCAAUGUUGAUUAGUGUUUCUGAUUGCUUGUAGUUUGAAGAUUUUUGCGUGUUCUAAUUGUGGUUUUGGUUCAAUAAAAUCAAAUUCAUCCAAAAAGGAAAGUGAUGUGAAACUAAAAUUACAAGUAAAGACCAGCUAUUAUAUGUCAGUUUUCGAAGCAUGAUAUAAUUAAUAACACCUUCCCAAGUAGCAAUCCCAUGCUAUAUAAUGAAGUGCGUAGUGCUUACUAAUAUAAUAUAUUGAAACUUCAAUGAACUUUCCUAUGAUUUCAUUUCAAUGGCUUCCUUUUGUCUUUCUUAUUUUCUUAUCCUCUGUCUCUGCAACACUAAAAAAUAUUCCCAGGUUAAGUCCAAUUGGAGGAAAAUUUCUACACGAUCUUGAAACAGUAUCUGCAUCUAUUUCGGAUGACUUACAAAAAUUUUACUAUGACCAAACACUUGAUCACUUCAACUAUAGGCCAGAAAGCUACACAACUUUUCAGCAAAGAUAUGUGAUCAACUCUAAGUACUGGGGAGGUGCAACUAGAAACGCACCAAUUCUUGCUUAUUUUGGAGCAGAAGAACCUUUGGAUGAUGAUCUUUCUGCUGUUGGUUUUCUUGCUGAUAACGCCCAGCAGUUUCACGCUCUCAUACUAUAUAUAGAGCAUCGAUAUUAUGGGAACUCAAUACCAUUCGGAUCAAGGGAAGAAGCACUUAGAAAUGCAAGCACUCUUGGGUACUUCAACUCCGCCCAAGCUAUAGCAGAUUAUGCAGAAAUCAUUACACAUGUAAAGGAAACACUACAUGCCAAUGAUUCUCCAGUAAUUGUCAUUGGAGGAUCAUAUGGAGGAAUGCUAGCUUCAUGGUUUCGGCUAAAAUAUCCCCAUGUUGCCCUUGGUGCCUUGGCCUCCUCGGCUCCAAUCCUUUAUUUUGAUGAUAUUACGCCACAAAAUGGAUAUUUUUCUGUUGUCAGCAAGGAUUUUAAGGAAGCUAGUGAGACUUGCUACCAAACUAUACAAAAGUCAUGGUCUGAAAUAGAUAAAGCCACGUCUCAGCCUAGUGGUCUUUCAAACCUUAGCAAGGAAUUCAAGACUUGUAGACCCCUAAGCAAAUCUUCGGAGCUCAAGAAUUACUUGGAGUCUGUGUAUUACAGUGCAGCCCAAUAUAAUCAUCCUCCAGAUUACCCGGUUACCAUUGUUUGCGGCGGCAUAGAUGGAGCUCCUUCUGACGCUGGUAUUCUUGAAAAAAUAUUUGCUGGUCUUGUUGCUUAUAGUGGAAUUAGAUCAUGCUAUGUUAAUGAACCCAGAAAUAUAUCUGAAACAACUGUGGGAUGGAGAUGGCAGACAUGUAGUGAGAUGGUGAUACCAAUAGGCCGUGGCAAUGAUACCAUGUUUGAACCGGAUCCUUUUAUCCUAAGCAGCUACAUCGAGCAGUGCAAGAGCAUCUACGGUGUCCCACCUCGGCCUCAUUGGGUCACUUCUUAUUAUGGAGGCCAUGAUAUCAAACUGAUUCUCCACAGGUUUGGAAGCAACAUCAUAUUCUCUAAUGGGCUGAGAGAUCCUUACAGUACUGGCGGGGUCUUGGACAACAUAUCAGACACUAUUGUUGCAGUUAGUACAGUUAAUGGAUCUCAUUGCUUGGAUAUACUCUUUGCAAAGGAAAGUGAUCCAGAGUGGUUGGUCAUGCAGCGAAAGGUUGAGGUUAGGAUCAUCGAACAAUGGAUCAGCAAUUACUAUGCUGAUCUUCUCGCCUACAAGAAAUAAAUUGAAGUCGAACCAAAGAUGAAAGAAGCAAAAAACGUUGUGCAGAUCAAAACCUUCAUAUGUGUGCAUGCGUCUAUGUAUUGCAAUAAAACAUUAUGUAAUCCGUUCCAUAAUUUUUUUUGGUUAAAAAAAAAAACUAAACCAUUAUGUAGUCUGACAUUAAAGUUAUUAAUUGGCGACUUGACCUUCAAA